UAUUGAUUUCAAAGCGAUACUACGUACAUUCUUCUGACUAUUGUUUUAACUUCAGAAAUGUGCGAACAGAAUCGCUGUUUGUCCUUUAAUAAUCAUAUUUGUUUUUAAGUGGGUAUAAAUGGUUAAUAUCUGUGCCUGGAUCUAACACUACCCAACGACGAUGGCCAACUACUGUGCUAUUCUGUUGUACUGUUUUCUGCAGGUUUUGAGUGGAUAUAUAUCAAGAAGUCGACUGCGGAGUUCUUGACGUAAAGAAUGGUUCCCUCGUGUCCAACUCCACCACAGUCGGAAACCGAGGAACAGUCGAGUGUGACGAGCUCUUCCAGUUCUUUGGCAACAACGAUUCAGCGGUCUGUCAAUCAUCUGGAAUGUGGGCGGGACCCGAUGGGCAGUGUCUACAGGUGGAAUGGAGAAAUCAGACUCUUCCGGACGGUGUCGGACAUUAUUUGGCAGUGCUUCCUGAACCAAUACGUGAUGGCUGGGAAACGGUUUUCAAUGGCAUACCAGAGACAAACAAUCAAUUUCAUGUGGAUAUUCGAGACUCGUCGGAUCUUUAUGUAGUAUUUAGUUCGAGGUUAUAUAAUCAAAACCUGGUUUUCAACAGUAGGUUUUCUGAUAUAUGGGAAAAAGGAGGCGGUGAAUUUAUCAAUCCUGGCAUUUUUCCAUUUCAAGUUGGUGUUCUCUUCGAGCUAAGGAUAGCCUACCACAACGGGACGUUUAUGUUUUUUGCCAACGGUGGUUUCAUUUACAACUACACUGCGACGCACCCAGUGGUAAUGGCGUCUGGAGUAUAUAUUGCUUUAGACAUUUUUAUUGAAAACCUAAAAUUUAUAUAUUGAAUAGUCGACACCUACUAUUGCUAAAUGAUGUUUGUGAGCAGCUCCGAACAAGAGAAAGGACUCGGUAUGUUGUAGCAAUUAAAACGACUCCAGAAAUACAUUUUACCUAGGCCAAUUAAAGCCUGAUAGAUAGAUGAUACUCAGCUCGUGUCUUGUGAUAUCAUAAUUUAUCAGCAGUCGUUGAUAAACGUAUGAAAUCCGACACUUGCCGAGGAUUUUUUUUAUACUUUUAUCAACGAGUGUUGUUAAAUUAUAUCGCAAGACACGAGGGGAUAUUUCUUUUUAUCAUCCAUUAUCAUUAUUUUC